AUGCAGGAUACCUACCUGAUGCCUGCCAGCCAAUCCGGCCGUCGCCGGAGCGGUGCGGACUAUCGGCCCAGCAUUAAAAAGGCCCAGGGCCAUGUCCCCGCGUGUCUAGUCAAUGCCUCGGUGACGUACUGCAGCAAUGAUCGCAUAUAUGCAUUUGGAGGCUUUGACCAGUUUACCGAUGAAGUUUACAAUCACGUUCUCAAGUUAGACCUGGAGACUUUGCGGUGGGAGCUUAUGGACAACUAUGGCGAUAUCCCCGGAGUUCGCAUGGGACAUACGGCGACACUAUACCAAGGGGAUAAAUUGAUUGUAUUCGGGGGCGAAAAUGAGCAUCGCGAGUACCUUUCCGACGUUGUCAUCCUCGAUCUGAAUACCUUCCAUUGGACACUUCCGGAAAUACACGGACCGGAUCCGCGCGGUAGAGCCCGCCAUGCUGCCGUUAUCCACGAAGACAAGCUUUUUAUUGUGGGUGGAGUGACAGGUGUGGGCGCUGGGACGGGAGAAAAGAAUGUGGUUUUGGAUGACUUAAACUACCUGGAUCUACAAACGUGGACGUGGUCUCGGACAUGGAGCUUUACCGCUCGUUUCGAUCAUACGGCUUGGGUUUGGGGCACACGCCUCUGGAUAUUUGGCGGAUUGGGUCCGAACAUGGACCGAUCGACCGAUAUCUGGUGGCUGGAUCUCAAGGGCUCUCCCUCGCUGGCCGGAAACACUACUCCGCAAGGUAGUGUCAAUUCCCUGGCCCUCAAUCUCUCCACCGCCUAUCUUCCAGACUCCAUGUCUAGCAGCCCUCUCCUGUCUCCCCGCUCUGGGACUUAUGCCGCAAAUUCAGGUAGUGUACAGGUGCGCCAUCUAGGUCGCCGCAAGCCAGUUGCGCCUGGUGCGAUUUCAUGCCUUCAUUUUGAAUCUGGGCCUCAUGUCCCCUCCCUUUUCUCUGGUACUCAUUUUCAUUCAUUUGCCUCAGGUGUUCUACUUGACCUGAUCACACCAUCGGAGACCGUACGGUCGCAUGACUGUAACCUGUCGGCUUUGGAGCUCAGCUCGCUGCGCUGGCAGCGGCUAGCUGAUGGUCAGGAGAUAUUCCGGCCCGGCUACCGAUGGCACUACUGUACUAUCAAUGAUGCGGGGACUAAAGCGUGGCUCUUGGGUUGUAGUCUCGACGUCGCAAAUGUACCAGGGGGUAGCGAUGAGAAUCACAUGAGUGAAGUCCUGAUCAUUGAUCUGGAGAAAUAUGGCUUGUUGGGUAACGGCCUGUCGGCAGAAGCCCCUGAGCCAGAUGCACCAUGGCCUUCUGACCAGUCAGGCCUCUCUCAGGUCUCUGGGCUUGGUACCGACCUAGCCGCGGUCUUUGACCAACCACCUGAGUCGGGAAGUGGUGCUGACUUCAUCGUCACUGCUAUUCGUGACGAUCACGAGGGCUCAGUGUCGGACGAUAUGAGUGAAACGCCAGCCGCUUCACCAACGCAGGCACCGCCAAAGUUUGUGGAAGCUAAUGCUUGGACAUCGCAGCCCAUCCAUGUUCACAAGAUUAUUCUGCAGCUGAGGUGGCCACACUUCAAGCGUCUGUACUCUGCUCAGAUGGCAGAGUAUCACACUAAGCGGAUGCACGUCCCGGAGCCUUAUUCUGUUGUGCGCGCAUUUCUUUACUACCUUUACACGGACAGUAUCGCCGGUCAUCCCGAAUAUUGCUCUAGUGUUAUAGAUGUGGCUGGUAUGCUUGUCAUGGCCAACCUCUACGAUAUGCCGAGGCUUCGCCUGCUCUGUGUCAAUAGGCUCAGCCGGGAGCUCGAUGUAGACAACGCAGCCAUUGUUUGGGAGCGCGCAGGUCGAACCAAUGAGCACUGGUUGAUGCGCCGAGCCGCACAGUUCUGUCUGACAUACUGGGGUCGCGUGGUGCGAACGGAGGGGUUCAAAUCCCUCAGCCACAAGAGUUUGAUCGAACUAUGCGAGGUGGUUGACACGGAAGGUCGCAUCAUUGCAGGCCCUGAAUUGGAGAUGGUUGCCUCCGCAGCCGACGGAGACAGAACCCGACCGCGGCUGGGGUCUACAGCAGACGAGAUGUCCGAGCUUGGGGACGAUGAAGGAAUGGAGAUUUCAUGA